AUGGCGGAUCUUCAGUCUAUUGCCCAGCUCCUCGCAGCGAGCAGUGACCGCACACAAACUAAACAAGCUGAGGCCGCUCUUCGCCAACAAGAGAGUAACCCGAACUUCCCCAUAUCCCUCCUUCAGAUUACUGCCUCCGAUUCCUAUCCGUUAGGCACUCGUCUCUCUAGCGCUAUUCUCUUCAAGAAUGUUAUUAGGAGGAAUUGGACCGAUGAGGAUGGAAACUAUAAACUCCCACUGGAGGUCGUGGGGACGCUGAAGCAAGAACUCAUCAACUUGAUGAUUUCCGUACCACAAGUACUACAAACCCAGUUGGGAGAAGCUGUCAGUGUGAUCGCCGACAGUGAUUUCUGGGAGCGAUGGGAUACUCUCGUCGAUGAUCUCGUUUCCAAACUCCAACCCGACAACCCUUCCGCCAACAUUGGCGUCCUGCAAGUUGCGCAUUCAAUCUUCAAGAGGUGGAGACCUCUAUUUCGGUCCGAUGAGCUAUAUAUAGAGAUCAAUCACGUUCUCGAGAGAUUCGGCACGCCCUUUUUGACACUUUUCCAGGGGCUUGAUACGUAUCUCGAAGCGAACAAGUCAAACAAGGAACAGCUCGUUCAAGGGUUCACACAGCUUAACCUGAUGGUCAAGCUGGUUUACGAUCUUUCCUGCCAUGACCUUCCUCCAAUGUUCGAAGAAAACAUGAAUGGAUUAGCGCAAAUUCUGCUCAAAUAUCUUACAUACGAUAAUCAACUGCUUCACACGGACGACGACGACGAAUCCGGUCAACUGGAAUACGUCCGCGCGGGCAUUUUUGAGGUUUUGACACUCUAUGUGCAAAAAUAUGGGGACGAAUUCAACCAACAUAUACAACAAUUUGUGGAAAGCUCUUGGAACUUCCUCACCACGAUCGGGCAAGAAACAAAAUACGACAUUCUUGUUAGUCGGGCGUUGAAGUUUUUGACUUCUAUUGCCGGCAUGUCCCAACAUGCGCAAAUUUUCCAAGCAGAAAGCACGCUUGCCCAGGUCAUUGAGAAGGUCGUCUUGCCAAAUGUCAGCCUUCGUGAAUCAGAUGAGGAAUUAUUCGAGGACGAACCGAUUGAGUUUAUCCGGCGGGACCUCGAGGGGUCGGACAGCGACACGAGGCGGCGGGCUGCUACGGAUUUCCUGAAACAGUUGAAUGGAAACUUUGAGGCAUUGGUCACGAAAACUGUGCUGCAAUAUAUUGAGCAUUACCUGACCGAGUAUGCGAAAUCGCCACAGCUGAACUGGAAGGCCAAAGAUACCGCAACCUAUCUGUUCAUCGCCAUCGCAGCUAAGGGAGUCGCAACCGCCACUCACGGAGUCACAACCACCAACAGCCUCAUUAACAUCACCGACUUCUUCCAAAAGCAUCUUGCUGCCGAUUUGGUUGCUGGAGACGGUGUGCAUCCGAUUCUCAAGGUUGAUGCUAUCAAGUAUCUGUACCUCUUCCGCAGUCUGAUCACAAAGGAGCAAUGGCAGGAAGUAUUCCCCUUGUUGGUGAACCACCUCGGCUCUUCGAACUUUGUCGUCUACACCUACGCGGCUAUUGCGGUUGAGCGUGUAUUGUACUUCACCGACAAUCAAGGACAGCCCAUCGUCUCCCCGGACACGAUCAAACCUCUAGCCAAGGACUUAUUGGAGCAUCUUUUCUCACUGAUCCAGAAAAACCCUGCUCCUGAAAAAGUGCAGGAGAACGAAUUCAUCAUGAAAUGUGUCAUGAGAGUGUUGAUCGUCAUCAAGGAGACUGUUGUUCCCAUCACUGACAAUGUGCUGAAACAUCUGAUCAACAUUACCCAAAUAAUCAGUAACAACCCCAGCAACCCGAGGUUCUACUACUUCCAUUUCGAGGCGUUGGGGGCAUUCAUUCGGUUUGCUGCUCCCUCGAACCCCGACAAGCUUGAGCAGGCUCUGUACACUCCGUUCUCCGCCGUUCUCCAGUUGGAUAUUUCAGAAUUCGUUCCCUACAUCUUCCAGCUUUUUGCUGCCCUUCUCGAAGCCAACCCAUCAGGGACAUUGCCAACCUACUACCAGGGUCUCAUUGCUCCCAUCCUUGCACCUCAGGUGUGGGAGUCCAAGGGCAAUAUUCCCGCUCUUGUGCGACUUCUAUCGUCCAUCAUUGGUCGGGGUUCGCAGCACAUCUUGGAAAACAACCAACUCAUCAACACGCUUGGUAUCUUCCAAAAGUUGCUGUCAUCUAAGACAAAUGAAGGCUACGGCUUCGAUCUCUUAGAGGCUGUGAUUGAGCACUUCCCAUCGGCCACACUGGAACAGUUCUUUAAGGAUAUCAUGCAAAUUAUCCUUACCCGCCUUCAGAACCACAAGACAGAGUCUCUCAUGCUCCGGUUUGUAAGAUUUUAUCACUUCAUGUGUGCCAACGACGCCAAGGGUUACAGCGCCGAUUUCGUCAUCCAGGUCAUGGACAAAGUCCAAGCGGAUCUGUAUGUUCAGUUAUAUCUGAAUGUCAUUCUACCUGAGUCACAAAAGCUUGCACGCCCUGUAGACCGCAAAACCGCUGUUAUCUCAUUCACCAAGACACUGGCCAAUUCCGAGGCAUUUGCUGUCAAAUAUAUGAAGGGAUGGGCCCACACAUGCAGAGCCCUUCUCAAGCUCCUGGAACUUCCGCCCUUGCCCGCUAGCAAGGACGACAUGAUUGCUGAGCAUGAUGUUGAGGAUAUGGCGUUCGGUGUCGGGUUCACAGCUCUCGUCACCAUCCGACCCCAGGUCAGGGACCCUUGGCCGGACACCGGAGCUGAUCUCAAGGCGUGGGUUGGAAAGUACCUGAAGGAGGCAGAUCAGAGACACGGCGGGAAAAUCUCAGGAUUUGUUCAGGAACGGCUCGACGACGAAGCCAAGGCGGUGCUCGGCAGUUAUAUCGCCUGA